GGCACCACUGAUAUUAAACCUAAUAGAUGUCGCUACGUGUACAAAAAUAAACUGAAAAUUUAGUAUGACAUAUUUAAAUAAUAAACUCGUUCAGUUUUGAAUGAAUAGAAAUGAUAUUAAAAUAGUGUACGAAUUAAACAAUGUCGAAAAUAGAUGAUCUUGAAGAACAAUGCGAGGACGCACUGUUCGAAUUAUGCGACGCCAGAGAGCGAUAUCCAUUACGAUGCGUUAAUGAGUUUAGGAAAUCUAUCCAACUUCAAAGUGAUAUUCACAUGACGAAAGUAUGUCCGAAAUUAAAUAUAAUGGAUAAACCAUCCGACUUAAAACAAAGAGCAGACUUCAACAUUGAUUUUUACCAGAAAGAAGCAGGAUCUUUUGAGCACUUGGAUUGUAGAUUGCAAAACAUUGCGAGUAAAUUGAAUAAUUUGAAAGCUGUUGCAGAACAAGUUAAUCGUGAAAAAAUGUCCGAGAUUAAUAAACUAUUGAAAAAUUAAAUUUAUGUUUUUCAAGUAAUAAAAUCUUAAAUAUAACGUUA